AGGCAUGAGGAGAAGAGCGAAUAGUUGAACGAAGCUCGAAGCUCGAUAAGUACGCGUAGGGUUACCCGCGAGUGUGCAUAGGUGAUAUUCGCAAAUUAUACCUAAUCGUUGUAUAAAUUCGCGACGAAGUAAUAGGUGUGGUAAAUUUUUGAAAUCGUCUAAUUUUAAAACGGGGAUAAAUCGGCGAGAAAAAAACCAGUAUCUUCUCCUCGGUUAUAUUUCAUCGGAGGUGGUGGUAAUACGGCGCCUACGACGCAAGUCAGUUGACCCACCGACGCCGAGUGAAACGGACGUAGGUCGAAAUACGCUCCGUAGUAAAAUAAUUCCGUAGAGUAAUGUGAAUAACCGAUAAUAGUAGAGAUUGAUAAAUAUUGUCAAAACAAUCGCUGUGUUUAUUACCAUAGUUUUUAUUGAUCGAAUUUGACCGGCCAGUUUCCUAGCGUAGUGUCGGGGGCCGCUUUCUCAGUAGUGAGGUAAAUAUUGUAGUUUUCGGUAUGGCUGCUCCAGCAGCUUGUACGCGUUUCAGUGAUAACUAUGACCUUAAGGAGGAACUGGGAAAGGGAGCUUUUUCCGUGGUCCGACGAUGCGUCCAGAAAAGUUCGGGUCUCGAGUUCGCGGCGAAGAUCAUCAACACCAAAAAGCUCUCGGCCAGAGAUUUUCAAAAACUUGAACGAGAAGCCCGGAUAUGCAGAAAACUACAGCAUCCAAAUAUCGUAAGAUUACACGACAGUAUACAAGAAGAAAACUUUCACUACUUGGUCUUUGACUUAGUAACCGGCGGUGAACUCUUCGAAGAUAUAGUUGCACGAGAAUUCUACAGUGAAGCUGACGCGUCGCACUGUAUUCAACAGAUUUUGGAAAGCGUUCAUCACUGUCAUCACAACGGCGUUGUUCACAGAGAUCUCAAGCCAGAAAACUUGUUACUAGCCAGUAAAGCAAAAGGGGCUGCAGUGAAGCUCGCGGAUUUCGGUCUCGCCAUAGAAGUGCAGGGAGAACAACAGGCAUGGUUCGGAUUCGCCGGAACGCCUGGAUACCUCAGCCCGGAAGUGCUGAAAAAGGAACCCUACGGAAAACCGGUAGACAUAUGGGCAUGCGGGGUGAUAUUGUACAUCCUCCUGGUCGGUUAUCCUCCCUUCUGGGACGAGGACCAGCAUCGGUUAUACGCACAGAUCAAAGCCGGCGCAUACGACUACCCGAGCCCGGAAUGGGACACCGUAACAACCGAAGCAAAGAAUUUGAUCAACCAGAUGCUCACGGUUAACCCAACCAAACGGAUCACAGCCAGCGAAGCUCUGAAGCACCCAUGGAUCUGCCAACGAGAACGCGUAGCGUCUGUCGUACACAGGCAAGAGACCGUCGACUGCUUGAAGAAGUUCAACGCGAGGCGCAAGUUGAAGGGCGCCAUACUUACAACGAUGUUGGCCACAAGGAACUUUUCCAGUAAGUAUGAUACGCAGGGUCGAAACACCAUCACGAAAAAGGGAGAUGGUUCUCAGGUGAAAGAAUCCACUGACAGCAGCACCACCAUCGAAGACGAUGACGUCAAAGAGGAUAAGAAAGGAGGCGUCGACCGGAGCAUCACGGUCAUAGCAAAAGAGCCUGAAGGCUUGGCCUCGCAAGGCACGCCGCCCAGCAGCCCAGCCGCGGCCUCGGUUUUCUCGAGGGUGAUGGUGGGCCAAACCCCGUCCCAAAAGCAACCCCAAUCCGCCGGAAGCACGCUAGGAAUCGCCGCAGUCCUGCUCCAGGGUGCCCAAGCUGGCAGUGGGAGUGGCAGUGGCUCCAGCCACAGUAGCAGCAGCAACAGCCAGAACAGCCAAACCGGCGGAUCACCGUCGUCGACGAUCCACCUCAACGCCUGCGGGAGCACGCCUCGUCGUCAUGACUCGAACACUGACUCACAAUCAGACGGUAUCGGCGGAGGGCGAGGCAAUCAGGUGAUGUCCGGAACAUCCGGGACUGCGGGAUACUGCCAGCUAGGCGAGAGCGGAGAAUACGACGGCGGUAAGGCCGCAAAGGCAACACCGAAAACGAGCAAAUCAGAGACGAACGAUGCGUCCCGUAAGCCGCAAAAGGACGAGGACGUCUGCUCGAAGCUCAGGCGGUGUCGCUUGCUCUAGCCCUAAAUAACUAAUGUAUUUCAUCGGGCGAAAUCAACGUUUCGUUAGCCGCGAGCGUAUUGCCGCCGCGACGGACUUGCCGCGUUUUUCAAAAUUCACACGCUCGGCUGACGAAAAGCCGGAUACAAAAUCGGCAAAGUCAACGAACAAACCGAUAUACAAACAGCUAUUAGCGAUCCUUCGCAUUAUCGCCGGAUGGGUCUUUGGACACUAAUUCUAUCGGAUUGCAGAAAUAUAAUUAUUCUAGCCAACGAGUUGUUCGUUGAUCGACUAGAAUGUAGAAAGAUGGUGAGAAGAUAUCUUUUUAUCUUUUUCUUUUUUUUCACGUAGAACAAGAUAAAAGAUACCGUUAAGCGUUAUACACCGUAGAAAAAUAUGUAAGAUAAUGUUUUAGUUAUAAAUAUAUAUAUAUACACAUGCAUAUAUACAUGUGUGUGUAUAUAUAUACAUCGGUUGGCUCAUUUGUCAUUGUUAAUAAAUUGUUUAAAACUAUUUCUAUUACUGUUGAUAGACCCUGCAGGUCAUAAGUAUGUGCAGGGGAAAAAUUGAGAGAAUAAGCAGCUGGAAAAUAUAACAUGAUACAGGGGGAGAGGCACGAUUCGCAUCUUGGAAUAGAUAAAUAAUUAUCGAAACGACGAUGGUGCGACGAGAGAAAAAGUAAAUCUCUACCGGUUACGCUGUAAUUGAAGAGAGAGAAAGAAAUUACUAAUUUUAAAUUAUCAUUGUGGUUAUAAUUAUUUGCACAGAUGCAACGGUCACGUAUUUGUAAAAUUUAUAAUCUGGACACACGCGAUUCGCGAUGGAGUUGGAAACGUGGAGUGUAUUUGACAUUUGAAACCACAAUUUCAGUUACCUGUCGUAUAAGUGUGCGGUUCUAGAAAGUGUAUUGGGUACACAUUAUACGUGAAUAACGCAAAUUUUCAGAUAUUUUAUUAAAUAAUCCGCGAAGCGAACCGAAAGGAAAACCACGUCUCAAAGUAACGUGAACCGAAAAAAGUUUUUCCCAUAAGUCGAUCUGUGUAUAAUAUAUUCGUAUAUAUAUUGUAGGACACUCUGCAUAUAAAUAUUGCAAAGAAGCGAAAAAUAGUUAAACUAUCACAGUUUAUUAUUUAAAGCGUUUUGUUUCUAUUUUCUUAUCGCGAAAAAUUGAGAUGAUUCAAAAAUAGAAGUACAGUGUGUUACGAGCAAUUUUAAAUCGCUCUUGUUAUGUUUAAAAAGCACAAGAUCGUUUUAUUUCUACUCUUAUGAUAAAUCGUCUCAAUUUUUCCCUCCCUACUUUCACGCGAUGAAAAUAUCGUUUAAUUUAUACAUAUUAUAUAUAAAUUAGCCGCGUACACACACAGCUAUGUAGAUAUCAUGCCUGUGCGGUUCCCUUCGACCGUUUGUUGUUUUGCACAUUUAUUUAUUUUUU